UAUUAUGAGCGGUUGGAUGGCGUAAAUCCACCAAAAACCAAGGACGUUGGUGGCAACGGUCAUGAAAAAAAGAUGCCAGGCUAUGGGAAGGAACAUAACUGGCACAAGGAAAGCAUAUUAUGGGAGCUGCCUUACUGGAAAGAUCUCAAUCUGCGACACAAUAUUGAUGUGAUGCAUACAGAGAAGAAUUUUCUGGACAACAUCAUGAAUACUCUUAUGAGUGUGAAAGGUAAAUCAAAAGACAACAUCAUGUCAAGAUUGGAUAUUGAAAAUUUUUGUUCUCGGCCAGCCUUACAUAUUGAUAGUAAGGGUAAAGCUCCAUUCCCAGCAUAUAUAUUGACAGAUCAAGCCAAAGCGAGUUUAUUGGAAUGUGUGAAACAUUCGGUUAAAUUCCCAGAUGGUUAUUCCUCAGAUUUGGCUACUUGUGUAGAUAUGGAGAAUGGUAAGUUUUCAGGCAUGAAGAGUCAUGAUUGCCAUGUUUUUAUGGAGCGACUACUUCCAUUUAUCUUUGCAGAACUCCUUGACCGGAACGUACACCUUGCGUUAUCAGGGAUUGGAGCAUUUUUCCGGGACUUAUGUUCGAGGACUUUACAGAAAAGUCGUGUUCAAAUUCUAAAACAGAAUAUUAUUUUAAUCUUAUGCAACUUGGAAAAUAUCUUUCCACCAUCAUUUUUCGAUGUGAUGGAGCACCUGCCUAUACAUCUCCCUUACGAAGCUGAAUUAGGCGGCCCGGUCCAAUAUAGAUGGAUGUAUCCUUUUGAGAGAUUUUUCAAAAAGUUGAAAGGAAAAGCAAAGAACAAAAGAUAUGCUGCAGGAUCAAUUGUUGAAUCAUAUAUCAAUGACGAGAUUGCUUAUUUUUCAGAGCACUACUUUGCAGAACAUAUACAAACAAAAUCAAGGUAAAUGUGUAUAUAUAUAUAUAUAUAUAUAUGUUUAUAUUUGGCAUGUACUUCUAACAUAUUAACUCGUUAAUUUGGAUCAGGUUAACAAGAUUCGAUGAAGGUGAAGUUCAUGUAUAUCAUGUUCUUGGGGUACCUAACAUAUUUACGCAAGUCGGCCGUCCAAGUGGAGAAAUGCGUGAAGUAUGGCUUUCAGAGAAAGACUACCAAAGCGCACAUGCAUAUGUUUUACGAAAUUGUGCCUAUUUUCAACCAAUUGAGAGGUAUAAAACAUAUCUUCCAAAAGUCACUCUUUAAUUUACAAUAUCCACUAUGAUUAUUCAUAUAUUUUUUGUGUUUGUAUAGUAUGUUCGAGGAUUUUCUUUCUGCAAAAUAUCCGGA